AUGUCUGUCUCGCACGUACAGCGGCUGCUGCUUCGGCAUCGACACAAGCAACUGCGAGCCAUCAUGAUGGAGUGCCGAGUGCAGUUCUGCUACGGCUCAGAUGGCUUUCCAAAAUACGGUAUAUACUGUGUGGAUCGGUGGAGGGAGGACGCACUGAAGGAGCAGGAGCUCGAGACGGAGAAGUGGAUCUUCUCGUUCCAGGAAGCUGCACAGCAGCAACGUUUGCUGGACUCGGUAAGCGAGCAGGCAGCUGUGGCACCCCUGCCAGAACAACAAUACAUUCCCUAA